AUAUCAGCAAGAUGAAUUCUGGGACUCGUGUCUUUUCUAAUGACAUCUGGUAAGAAUAAGCAGAAGAUAUGAUAUGUGGGUACGAGCUGCGCUGAGCCACUGAUGCCAUGCUGAACUUCAGAAGAGGAGCAGCUGAGAAAUAGAGGGGAAAAAAGACAUUCACAGCCUGGUGUAACUCUCAAAAGCGGAAGGCUGGCACUCAGAUCGAGAAUAUCGAAGAGGACUUCAGAAAUGGCCUCAAGCUCAUGCUGCUGCUCGAGGUCAUCUCAGGUGAAAGAUUGCCCAAACCCGACAAAGGCAAGAUGCGUUUCCACAAAAUCGCCAACGUGAACAAAGCUCUGGAUUACAUCUGCAGCAAGGGAGUCAAACUGGUGUCUAUUGGAGCUGAAGAGAUUGUUGAUGGUAAUGUGAAAAUGACUCUUGGAAUGAUCUGGACCAUCAUCCUUCGUUUUGCUAUCCAGGACAUCUCAGUGGAAGAGACCUCGGCUAAAGAGGGUCUGUUGCUGUGGUGCCAGAGGAAGACUGCCCCCUACAGGAAUGUUAAUGUACAGAAUUUCCACAUCAGCUGGAAGGAUGGCCUGGCUCUGUGCGCCCUCAUCCACAGGCACAGACCUGACCUGAUUGACUACUCCAAACUGAGAAAGGACGACCCCAUUGGAAACUUGAACACAGCAUUUGAGGUGGCUGAGAAAUAUCUGGACAUCCCCAAAAUGUUGGACGCAGAAGGUGAGGACGUAGGAUUGUGACACAGCCAGCACUUAAUGCAUGACAGAAGAAUACUAGACUAAUAAUAAAACAAGAAAUCAGGUGACUGGCAGGUGAGAAUCAUGUUUCUUGUAUUGAAGACAUGAAUAGUAACUAUAUUAUAAUUGUUAAAUAAAUAUUGUUAAAUAAAUGAUCCACAGGUUAGUUUGCAUUGCUUUACACUGCUUUACACUGUGAUAUCAGCUCUGGAGGAGAUGAUGCCAGUUGGUUAAAUUCCCACAAUGUAAUAAAGGGAUUACUUUAAUGUGUUUUCAUAAUAAUGUCAUAAUAACAUCAUAAUGCCAAUGUCAUAAUAACGUCAUCAUACUAAUGUCAUAAUAACUUCAUCAUAUUAAAGUCAUAAUAACAUCAUCAUAAUAAUGUCAUAAUAGCGUCAUCAUACUAACGUCAUAAUAACGUCAUCAUACAAAUUUCAAAAUAACGUCAUCAUACUAAUGUCAUAAUAACGUCAUCAUACUAAUGUCAUA